CCGAUCUGCUCUGUUACAGUGACUGUCUGCACUUGGAUAAUGACGCAUGCACUCCUACUGUGGGCCCUCAUCCUAAAUGCCUCACUCAAGCCUUCAGAAAGCCAUGGUCCUGAGGCUGAUGAGGUGAAGGACUAUGAGGUGGUUCGACCUGUCAGACUUCACACAGUCAGAAAAAGACAUGCAGAGCACCUCAGGCCAGAGACUAUUAAGUAUGCAAUGACGGUGGGAGGAAAAGACAUUGAAAUGCAACUAGAAAAAAAUAAUGAAUUACUCACCAAAGACUACACUGAGACUUCCUAUCGAGAGGACGGAACUCAAAUCACCACAACUCCAAAUGACAUUGAUCACUGCUACUAUCAUGGCAGGAUUGUGAAUGACAACAAAUCAUCAGUUAGCAUCAGCACUUGUGAUGGACUCAGGGGUUAUUUCAGAACGGCUGCCCAGAGGUACCUGAUUGAGCCCCUGUCUGGUGAUGAUGAGGGGGAUCAUGCAGUAAUGACAUUCGGUAACCAGAGUUCCACACCUGCAGUGUGCGGUGUCACCAACACCUCCUGGAGCACCGACUUCGAACCCCCAACAAGCCGCAGUCGCUCCAGAUCGGCGGGUAUAUCUAUUGUCCAACAACAGAAAUACCUCGAGCUCUACCUUGUUGCUGAUAACCGUGAGUACUUGAAAAUGGGGCGAGAUCAGACAGCCGUGAGAAAAAGGAUUUUCGAACUUGUCAACUUUGUCAACAUGGUUUACAAACCCAUGAGGACUUUUAUUGCACUGGUGGGGCUGGAGAUCUGGUCCAAUCGUGACUUGAUCUCUGUGACUCCCCCAGCUGGGGCCAACCUCGAUGCUUUCAUGAAGUGGAGGAACUCUGACCUGGUCAAAAGGAAAAAGCAUGACAACGCACAGCUCAUCAGUGCUAUUGACUUUGAAGGACCAACUGUGGGACUGGCCUUCAUUGGGACUCUGUGCUCAGGUCAUUCUGUUGGGGUAAUACAGGAUCACAAUAAUCGGGCCAUUGCAGUGGGAGCGACACUGGCCCAUGAGAUGGGCCAUAACCUGGGCAUGGACCAUGAUGAUUCCAGCACCUGUGCUUGUUCUGGGGAUAGCUGCAUCAUGGCUGCAGCCCUCAGCUGGAACAUCCCUCGCUCUUUCAGUAGCUGCAGCAGCAACAACUAUGAAAAAUACCUGAUGAGCCGCAGCCCCAGCUGCCUGCUGGACAAACCAGACUACCUGAGUCUGGUGGCUCCUUCAGUCUGUGGGAACGGUUUUGUGGAGACAGGAGAGCAGUGCGACUGUGGAACUGUGGAGGAGUGCAACAACCCGUGCUGCAAUGCCACCACCUGCACUCUGAAGGAGGGUUCACAGUGCGCUGAAGGCGAGUGCUGUGAGAACUGUAAGAUCCUACCUCGAUCCAGGGAGUGCCGGAGGAAGCAGGAUGAAUGUGAUCUGGCAGAGUACUGUGAUGGGAAUAGGGCCACCUGCCCUGAGGACGUCUUUGCUGUAAACGGCCUCCUGUGUGAUGAAGGCCUGGGAUACUGCUACAACGGCCAGUGUCCACAGAGACCAAACCAGUGCAUCAAGCUGUACGGAUCAAGUGCUAUAGAGGCCCGUCCUGGCUGCUACCAACAGAACACCAGAGGAACCUACUAUGCCUUCUGCAAACGUCCCUCAAAGGCUCAGUAUAUCCCCUGCCAGAGAGAAGAUGUGUAUUGUGGGAAGCUCUACUGCGAGAACGGCAAUGCAAACCCAAACUAUGGGCGCAUGGUCAGGGUCGGUAACUGCAAGGCAGCUUUCUUUGAAGACAACACCAGUGACUACGGCCAAGUGGACACUGGGACUAAAUGUGGGGACGGAAAGGUGUGUAGCCAGAAUGAGUGUGUGGAUCUACAGACAGCUUACGAAAACACAAACUGUUCAGCAAAAUGCCCCGGCCAUGCUGUCUGCAAUCACAGAAGUGAGUGUCAGUGUGAGCCUGGUUGGAUUCCUCCUUCCUGCGAUUCACAGGAUGAAGCUUUCAGUUCUCUUUCUCCUGGAGCGGCUGCUGCCAUCGCAAUGACAGUGCUGGUGCUUCUGGGUGUCAUUGCUGGUGUUUUGGGGUGCUUUUGGAAAAAACGACAGAGUCCCAAGUUGCCAACUGCACGCACCCAAAGGAAUCAGCCAGCAGCAGAAAACUCUGCUUACCGCCUUGACAAAGCUCCAGUUCCCAGCCAACCCAUGCCAGUGACACAGGUUCGAAGGCCAAAACCCAAAGGAGCCCCACCUCCACCACCUCCAGCAGGGAACAGACCAAAACCCCCGAGCCAGAACUACAUAGCUGCUCGUCAGGCUCUGAGGCCAGUACCUCCACAAAAGGUCUGAUGUCUGACACAGUGCCACCUAAUGGUAAACUUUGGGAAACUCACAUCUGUCUGCUGCUCCCAACGAGCAGCUGCUGGCGACUGAAGAGAGGAAGAGCCCCGUUUUUAUUCAACUGUUUCCUGUGCAGUCUGAAGUGUGAUUGUACCAGUGAUGUGCAGACUGCACGAGGACAAAACUGGGCUUUUAAUUGUUACUUGCAUGCACUGAGGGCUUGUUAUUACAGGGAUGAACUUUUUGUUUUUAAGGCACUUUUUUAUACUUUAGGGUUAGAGAUGCAAUGAGACACAGGUAUGGCCCUAAAUGUGAACCAUAUAAUUUUAUAUACUUGAUCUUUUAUUUUGUCGCAGAAAUACAGAAUAAUAUUAUUACAUAAUAUUGCACAUGACUGCAUGACUGCAUUUAUUUGUCCAACAGUACUGAGUGACUGGAGUAACAUUUACAUAUUAAUAUAACCAAAACAAAUAUCCACAUUUGCUUUAAUGAACUUCAAUCUUACGGUCUAAAAUUUCUAUCGCUGUGGUGCAUCACAGUGCAAACUAAUAAUAAUACUCUCCAUAAGCUAUUGAAAGACUCCAGAUUAAACAACCAUUGACUAUUACAACUCUUCUACUCAAAACUUUUGAUUUUGACAUAUGAACAUUUUUUUGUUGAAUCUCAAGCAAUGCCUCUAUUAAUUUUCUCAUUGUAAAAUCCUAAUGAUGUGGUGAUGCCCUGACCUUUAUCUAGUAUCUCCCGCAAGUUGACAUUUAUGGUUUUGAGUGAAAUGUAUCAACUAUUGUAAUGUUUACUAUGAAAUCUGGUACACAGUCAGUUUGGUUCAAGACCAAACUCUUACAAAUCAGCAUAUUAGCAUUGUCAUUAUGAGUAUGCUAGCAUGCUGACGUUAGCAUUUAGCUAAAAGCACCACUGUGGCUAACAGCCUCACAGAGCUGCUUGCAUGGUUGCAGACUCUUGUUCUUAAAUGUUUUUAAGACUUUUUAAAAUUAAAAAUCACAGUUCUUUCUAGUUUCUUGGUACCUUUUGAAAGUACGAGCAGCAGCACUGUCGACUGUCCUCAGACUCUAGAAAGACUCUUAGAAAUGCUUUAUUAAAAGCAGGUGCACUGGAAAGGUCAACCAGUUGAAGUUAUAUACAGUAUGGUAGACACAUGUAGACAAUGAUAGUAUCCACAAAUACGAUCAAGAUCAUUUCCAUGAUAUAAGAUGUCAUUAUCACUUUUAUGUUCCAAUGUUUCAAUGUACAAUCAGCACAUUGCUUGACAUUUAACCAACAGACAGGAUAUUCAAUGAGGUAUUGAAAAACAGCAUCGACUGUGCGGUUUUUUGAUGAUUAAUAAUAAUUUGGUUUAUGUAAAUACAUUUCUGCAAUGCUCACUUGUCAUAUUGCUGCUUGUCUCAAAGGGGAUCACUAUGUGAAUAUGUACAUACUACAAUAAAAAAAAAAACCUCUUGUGGGUGCAAUGCCCAGGCACUGAGCAAAGAUAUGUUUUCUAUGUUGUAUGGCUAAAGCCACACGCUUAUGUGCUGCAGCAUUACUAUUACUGUAUAGAUGUUCUUGUCUUGUCUGGAAGGAGGCCAUAACCUUGGUGGUAUUAAUCUUCAUGUUUAAAGGCCAGUGACUGAAUAUCUUAAGCUUUAACAGUUUGUCCUCGAGUCCCAGACUGUCCACAUGAUGGAGACAGGGUUGAUAACUGCUAUAAUGUAUAAAGUUUAAAACAGAAAUCUUUUAUGUAAAUUAAUGAUGGGAAAUAAAUAUUUUAUACGAACAAUGCACAAAGACAUUGUGUGCAAAAACUGUCAAACUCUUAUUGGCGCAUUUGGGAACAAAGACAUUUAUCUUAUUUUGAAGCUGCAUUGUCUUUUUCUUGGGAUUGGGUGGUGGUGAAGAGUUGUGGAAAGCUGAAAAACAUGUAACUGUAAAACUGACAUUGCUUUAAGUGAAAUAAGAAGAACCAACAACCAAGACCAGUCAAAUAAAACACUGCAUUUGAAUUUUAUUCUUUUCUUUCAAGUGAUACAUCUACGUAAAAGAUUUCAUGGCCUCGCAUGACAAGUACGGUACAGUUUUUUGUUGUUGUUUUUUUUUUUUUUUUUUUUUUUUUACAGAUAUUAUAAGAUUCUUGAUGAACAAUAUUUUUUUACAUUCUGUGAGAUAUGUAUCAGACCUAACAGGAGGUCAGUAUACCGUAUGGCUCACCCAAUAAUGCCUCACCUUUAAAACAAAUUUUAAAACAUGUCAUGAAUGUAAACCAAAAUAUUUAGGAAGCUUUCCCGAAGUCUACUGAACAUACCAGCAAACAGCAAUAUUUGGGAAAUUUUAGGGAUAUUAAGAUUAAUAUUAAUAACAUUUGAAUUGUAAUCAUGUGUGUUUGAAAGUCUCCUGGCUUGACGCCUUUUACCAUCCACACACACACACACAUUCAGAUCUUCAUGUGUGGCCAAGGUGGCAUGGCACAUGAGCACAAACACCUCAUUUUUAAUUAAAAAAAAAAAAAAAAAAAAAA